UGUUCUUUAUCAUAUUGCCGUAGUAGUAGUCGGUCGAUCUGAAAAAUUAGGGUGAAAAUGGGGGAUUCGUCGCCAGAAUAUGAUCCAGAGUAUGCCCGAAUCGCAGCGGAGGUGCGGGCGGAAUUGAAGGAGCUCGGAGAAGAUGAACAAAAUUCAUUCUCCGAUGAUGAUGAUCCCGCUGAUCGUGGGUGGUCCACAUACGUUACAGAUGCCAAAGCUUUUUUUGCAGGUAGGAGGAUAAAACCUAAAGCAUGGCGCUUUUAUUAUGACAGGGGCCUCUGCGCUAGACUUGCACUCUACUGUUACAAUCUUCAGAAGGGCACAGUUUACGAUUUUUGGUUUAUCAGUCAGCUACAUGAGCAGACUCACCGUUCCUUCACCAAGUCUUUCAUAACAUUUGAGGCGGUGAAUCCAGCCCACCAUUCUUCUCCAAUCACUUUCGAGACUUGCGUUAAGCAUAUAGAUGAUCAAGUUACACACGUCCCCAAUUUGUGGUGGGAGACUCACAUUUGCAGGGUGGAAGGUAGCGAAGAGGCUGAUUAUGAGUGGGACGAUGGAGCCGUAAAUGAUUGUUACAAAGGUGAAAUGCCCAAAUGGCUGUCUGAUGAAGAUCAGCAACGAUGCUAUGUGGUUAAACAAUCAGAGCUUCAUGACCAGAAAAACGGUUGGCUGACUCUCUUAACCGAGUUUGCCUUCUUCACGAAAUGGAAUGGACCUCUCAGUCCGGGAGAGAUUGAGGAUUGCCGACCUUUGAUUACUCAAGAAGUGGUUGUGGAAACUCUUGAUGAAGAAGCUGAGAAAGAGCAGUCGAGUGAUAAAGUGAUCAAUGCGGCCAAUGCAAUCUUCUACAUAUCUUUUGAGUGCGUGGAGGAUCCAACGAAAGGUCGUUACAGGGCGGUUGUACGGAAGACGAUGGAUGGGAAACCUGGGCACAUGCGCCUCGAGGUUACGUGUUCGAAAGUCUGAGAUCAAAAUUUCACUAUCUUGUCGGAAUAUUCUCGACAAUAUUAAUUAGCUAAGCAUGCUUCUUUAUAUGUUGUCUCCAUGAAAUGUUGUAACAACUCUUUUUAGGAUGUUUAAUCUAUAAAUUAGCCGAUAAAGAACAAACAA